AUUUUAUUUUCUUCUUUUAUUGUUUUGUGAAAAGGAAGGGAAGAGUACCUUUCAAGUUCUUUGAGAUCUGAGCAUUGCAUUCUCAGGAUCAUAGUGAGGAAAAGCAAGAUGGGGAAGAAAGGGAAAUGGUUGUAUUCUCUGAAGAAAGCCUUCAUCUCAGAGUCCAAGGAAAAGAAAAACCAGAAAUCCAAAGAAGAGUUUUUGGAGAAGAAGAUGCCUCUGGACCCCACUGGUUCUAAUGCAGCCAGUCUAGAAACUGUCAAAUUAUCCCCUCAUCCUCAGCCUGACGAGGCGAAGUUAAGCAAGCAGACUUACCCUGCCACUGCUCCGGCCGCUCCAUCUCAGGUUGCUGUCGAGGCAGUUCGGCGUCAACUAAAUACGGAUGUCAGGUUUGCCGGGAAGUCUAAGGAGGAAGUGGCAGCAAUCAAAAUUCAAACAGCUUUCCGAGGUUACCUUGCAAAAAGGGCAUUGUAUGCCUUAAGAGGACUGGUUAGGCUGAAAUCCCUGAUUGAAGUGCCUGCAGUCAAAAGGCAAGCAGCCAGUGGCCUUCGGUGUAUGCAAACUCUCUCUCGUCUGCAGUGUCAGAUUCAUGCUAGGAGAAUACGAAUGACCGAAGAAAAUAAGGCUCUUCAGAGGCAACUCUUGCAGAGACACGCGAAAGAGCUCGUGAACUUGCAGAUGGGCGAAGAGUGGGAUGACAGUGUGCAGUCAAAGGAACAAAUUGAGGCAAGCUUAUUGAGAAAACAUGAGGCUGCCAUGAAAAGAGAAAGGGCCAUGGCAUACUCAUUUACUCAUCAGCAAGCCUGGAAGAAUGGUUCGAGAUCUAUGAAUCCUUUAUUCAUGGAUCCGAACAAUCCCUCGUGGGGAUGGAGCUGGAUGGAACGAUGGAUGGCAGCCCGGCCAUGGGAAGGGCGUCGUGGCAUGAGAGAAAAGGAACAGAUCAAUGACCAGUCAUCCACAAAGAGUGCACGAAGCAACUUCGGAGGAGAAAUCAGCAAAGCUUAUGUUCGUUACCAACUCAAUUCGGAUAAGCAAACCCUGAAGGCCAGCCAAAAGCCUAGCCGAACUUCGAGCCUCUUGUCCCCUUCUACUCCUAAGUCAGCAUCCAUAUCUGCCCAAAAGCUGAAGUCAGCAUGCCCUAGGAGUGGCAUGGUCGAUCCGGAUGACGACACAAGAAGCAUAGUCAGUAUGCAGUCCAUAAGAAACCGGAGACACAGCAUUGCAGGCUCCUCAGUGCAUGACGACGAGAGCCUUUUGAACUCUCCAACGCUUCCAAGUUACAUGGUACCAACUAAGUCUGCAAGAGCUAAGACCACGAGAUUAGAAAGUCCCUUGGGACUAGAACCAAGCGGAACACCCGAGAAAGAGCGGAUUGCAUCUGUUAAGAAACGGCUUUCUUAUCCGCCUUCACCGGCCAGGCCAAGGCGGCACUAAGGUCCGCCAAAAGUUGACAGCGGCAUCACCAAUACAGAUGUUGCAGUGGUGAAUAUUGAGUGCAGUCGAUUAUUUCUAAUCAAAAACAGAUGAUGACGUCCAUAUGAACCAUACAAUGAAGCAGAGAGGAAUUAUUUAUAGUCAUUUGAUUUCUAAUUAAUUCAACUGUCAAAAGAUUUUUAAGUCGCUGGGGGUAGAAUUUGUUGCUGGAUCAGCUAGCUUCUGUCAUCUAAAAAUUUCCUUCUCAAUUCUUACAUCCUUGUUUA